AUGGCUAGUGCACCGGCUGAUCUGCCGCUUGAAUUUGCGGCUAUGUUUCUUCCACUGCACCUCAGUUGCCAGCAGCACAGAGUGCCGAAGAACAAUUUGACGACUACCGAUCGUAUCCUCGACUAUCUACAGAACCUAUUUUUCUUCGACGCCUCGCGACAACAGCUUACAGAUUUCGUCGCCACCUACCAAGAUAACGAAGAAGACGGCUCACCCUUCCGCACGGGAUUCGCUUACAACUGGUACAUAUAA